UCACAUUUCAAAACAUAGAUCUUUUCUUUGGUCGGUACAGCAUGCUUGCAACCAUCAGCUGCUAUUCCGGUCACUUAUUUUAAAAUUGCUUUGGAAAUAAGUUGUUUGCAGUGUAAGUGCACACAUAAGUUGCAAGUGUAUAUAGUUUUCGAACUAUAUUUCAUAAAAGACUAUUCUGACAAAAUGGUUAAACGAAAUCACAAGUACCAAUCCGGUGAAGGCGCCCAAUACAUGACGCGGAAGGCGGCGAUGCGCAAGCUUCAGCUGUCCAUGCAGGAUUUCAGACGUUUGUGUAUAUUGAAAGGAAUCUAUCCACGUGAACCGAAACAUCGAGUUAUCGCUCAGCGCGGCAGCACCGAUAUAAAGAUUCUCUACCACAAAAAAGACAUUACGUUUUUGCUCCACGAGCCAAUUGUUUGGACGCUUCGCGAUAGAAAAAUUUUCAACCGAAGGAUAGCACAUGCUCGUGCCAAAGGAAAUUCUAAGCUGAAGCAAGUUCGGAUGGCAAAUUACCCCGAAAUUAAGCUGGAUCAUAUUAUCAAGGAGCGAUAUCCCACGUUCAUCGACGCUAUCAAGGAUUUGGACGAUUGUAUGACGCUGUUGUUCUUAUUUUCAACAUUUCCGGCAACAAAAGUCGUCACACGAGAUAUUACUUCACUCGCGAGAAGAUUCACAAUUGAAUUCAUGCAUUACGUGAUUGCAUCGAAAGCGCUGCGAAAAGUAUUCGUUUCCAUCAAAGGGUACUACUUCCAGGCGGAGAUUAAAGGGGAGCUGGUUACCUGGAUCGUACCGCAUUACUAUCCCUUCCAGCCGCAGAGAAAAGAAUAUGUGGACUUUAAGAUUAUGAAAUCGUUCGCUGAUUUCUACACCAUAAUGGCCGGAUUUGUUAACUUCCGGUUGUAUAAUUCUUUGAAUUUGGUUUAUCCGCCGCAGUUCACCGUUUCUAUCGAUAGCGAGGAGAGCAGGACCAGCGAAGAGAUUUUCGUGUCGGAACGAAUCGCUGCUUUGAACACAGAUCUGCUACGAUCAGACAAACCAGGCGUUGAGGAGGAAGAAGAGGACGUUGAUUUACAGUUGCUGGAUAACGAUAAGGAUUCAGAUCAGAUUCGCAAGUUGCGCGAAGAAGCAUUGGGUUUGAAAAAGCUGAAAACUCUCUUCAAAGGACUAAAGUUCUACAUCAAUCGGGAGGUACCCCGCGAACCGCUGGUAUUUAUAAUCCGUUGCUUUGGAGGACGAGUUUCUUGGGAUAAAAAUCUGUUUGUGGGUGCCACAUUCGAUGAAUCGGAUGAAAGCAUAACCCAUCAAAUUGUUGAUCGGCCAAGCUUGAGCAAACAGUAUAUAUCGAGAGAUUAUGUCCAACCGCAGUGGAUUUUUGAUAGCGUCAAUCAGAGGAAACUUUUGCCAGCUAACAAAUACUUUAUUGGGGCCGUGUUGCCACCUCAUUUGUCACCCUUCAACCGAGAUGAUGCGGUUUAUGUUCCACCAGAGGAAGCAGCGAUGCGGGAUGGUAAAGAGUUGGAGCGGCAGGAACGAACUGAAGGCGUUUCUGACGACGAGGAAGAGGAUCUAGAGAUGGAGGAAGCCCGCAAGCAGGUUCAGUUAGAUUAUGCACUGGUGCAGGCAUUCAAAGAAGAAAAUGCGGAAGCUUUCAAUUCAGGAGAGCCGGUGGAAGAUAAAAAUCAAGAGAACGAGGAACAGAGUGCUUCAGAUGGUGAAGAAGAAAAAGCUAGUUCCAAGGUUGAAGAAAAAAAGAAAAAGAUGGCCGUGGUUGGAGGCAAAAUAUACAAGGAAAAUCUUAGAGAACAGAAGCAGCUAACCAAACAAGAAGAAGCAUUGAGAGCGAAAAUGGUAAAAUCGAGGCAUAAGAAAUUGUACAGAAAGAUGAUGGACAAUCAGAAGAAAUCCAUGAAGGAAGCCAAUCUUUUGAAAGAGAAACGACAGAAGAUUGAUAAACAAAAACGGUUGGAGCAUGUUGAAAAAAGUAAAGCAGAACGAAAACGUAUUUUGGCAAAAUAGAAAAGAAAACAUAUUGUAAGCUUCGUAUUAAACAUUUUACUGAAUAUAUUCUAAACGAACGUCAA